AUGUUUGCCUGCUCUGGAAGAGAUAUCGACGGAUAUGCUCCGCCCGGCCAUUCCCACGGUGCUCAUGUCACUGUGUUUUCAAACUUGGUUGAGAUCCGGGAAGAGCUAGAGCAAGCAGACGAAGAAUGCUUUGGCUGGGCCAUGGCCAAACACGCCCUUGGAUACAUGACUCUCGAGGAAUACUUUGAUCGACUGAUUGAUCACAUCCGGAAAGAUGGAGUUCGCCAUACUUGGGAUAAGUCUAGAUCCAACAUUGCACAUGUCCUGCAGGCGGACCUAAUCGGCGGAGCGUUCAAAUCUAGAAUGCUGAAGCGCAAUCUGGGGAAAUUAUCACAUGCAGACGGCGAGCAGCUCAAGGCCCUGUGUCUUCUUUUUUACAACGAGGCCGACGUUGCCCAGCUUCAAAGCCGCAUCAGUCUCGAAGUCUCUGUGACUUUGGGGUCGCUUUCACCAUGGAUGGUCGAUAUUUUAGCCAUGAUUGCCUAUGCCCGGCGGCACGUGGACGUCUUGGAGUACUUGGUCAAGCAUCACAGAGCGUCUUCGACAAGAGCCAAGACCACCUUUGACCUCAUUGGCACAGCCAUCCUAUCGAGCCGACAAGGCACUAGCACCAUCUUUCAACAUUCGCCCAACACUCUGCAUAACCGCGAGUUGGAAUGGCGUUUUUGGACAGCCUUGCUGAACGCGGAACCGGGCGCCUGGCUUCACUACCCCUUGUCAGAGACCAAGGACGCUGCUGGCCUGCCUGCAGGCUUGUACUACGGUUUGCACUGGCUGGCAGACUACUGGGCAAAGGAUCACGAGCUACGCGCCUCGCCAGCGUGUGCCGAAUACCUGCGCGCGCUGAGCGCACGGGGUGUGGUCCUCGGCGCGGUCACCAUGUCACGCUUCCUAUCCGUGACUGAGGGUACGAGUUUCAACUUUGCCAAGGAUGGGCCGUUUAUUCCCGUAGAUGCAGUGUCGGCGCGCAUUCUGUUGGACUGUUUUCCGCUUGGGUAUUCUCUGUCAAAUGACUACCCCGGAGGCGACUCGUCGAUGCUGGCGCUACCCAUCACGCAGUGGCCGACCAACAAUGCGGACAGACUCGUUGUCAUGGAGAUGCUCCUGGAGCAAGGACUAGUGGUCGACGGAAAGAUUGCAGACUACGGCUGGGGAUCAACGACUGGUAGAGCGGAGGAGCAGGUGCAGGAUACGUGCUUGAUCAAGGCGGCCGAGCGCGCAGACACCGACAUGGUCAAUUUAUUGCUUAAACACGGAGCACAGCGAGGAAUCCAAGGCGCACAUGGGCAUACAGCCGCCCAGCGUGCACGGAGCAAGGGACAUCGAAAGAUGGCCAACUACUUGGAGACUCUCUAA